UCUCGAUCUCGUCAACAAUGGAGAACACUCUUCGAGCUAUGCUUGACGGUUAUCAACUCUCGAGCCUGCAGUUCCCCGACGGCGCGGAUAGUGUCAACGUCGAAUCUCUUGCCAAUCUCAGUGAUGCCGAUCUACUGCGCUUUCUUGACUUGACCGUGCCGAGCAACGACUGGCGCUACCUGACUCAGAAGGGUCAACUGCUUGGGCUCAUCCGCGCGAAGCGCAGUCAUCAGUUCGCCGCCAGCGCUCUUGCUAGCACCAACGACGCUUCUGCAACCGGUUCCACACGGACUGCUGUGUUCGCUGCCCCUGCUACUUCUGUUGCAGCCGCCAUGCCUGCGGUCAGUGGCGUGCUGGACUACGCGCAUGGUCGCAUUCGUUCGUGUACUGUCGGGUGGUCCAAGUAUUCCCCGGCCCAGUGCUCAACCAACGGUCUACUGGCCCUCCUUUCGCUCAAGUGGGGCGUCCCCGAGAACAGGAUGGCUGGUCGCUGUGUGACGCUCGAUCUUUCCGGCAACGACUUGUUUCCCCCCGACCUGCCUCACAUCAUCCGACUUGUCGAGGCGCUGCGGUGCCCUGUUCUCAAGAUGAACUUUAACCGCUUCGGCUACACAAGCGGUGAGUUCACUAUGAUGCAAACUGCGGCCGAUUUCAAGCGGCUUGUGGCGUUGUCGUGUCUCGAAAUCGUCGAUAUUGUCGGCGACCCACUUGGCAGUGUUGAGUGGAAGACGGUGCUGUUUGAUUCCAUGGGACGGACAGACUUUCUCAAGCUCAUCUUUGUCCACCGUCAAUGGGUACCCUUUUCGGACGGCUGGGGCCAGUUGCUCCCGCAAAAAGAGCUACUUCCUACUGUGCAGUACAUUCACACCGCGUACCAGUCAUACGGGGUGAUUGGACACGAUAACCUGAAAGGAUUUUUGCAGCUUCUUAAAGGCGCCAAGCUCGUUUCGGUCUCUGCCAACAUUUAAGCCGAGUCGCUGCCUCGCAGGUGUUCAAGUCGAUGUUGAAUGGCACAAGAUUGCAUUGCUUUUGGUUACAUUGCCUUUAAUUGUGUAAUGUGGAACACGUCAAUCUAUUCGAUCAGAACCUUG